AUGGCGUCACGAUACUCAGGUUUGUAAAAUUGAAAGUUACUUUAAAAUUACGUGAAAAUCUAGUUUCAGAACGAAAUGGAAUGUCGGAAAGUGAGAAAAUGACGCUUCCGAAAGUGCGGAAGCGAAAAGCACAGCUGGUCGAUGAGAUUGAGGCACUGAAAAACGAGGUGAGUCUGAAAACGACUUUCAGCACAUUUUUUCCAUUUCUUUUGCAAAAUUUUGUAUUUCUUUGAGAUUUUUGGUCUAAAUGUGAUGUGCCCAUUAUGUGGUCACAAAUCAUAUUCUCUAACGCAGAGACAUUAAGAAAAUUGCGAAAUUUUACACCAAAUUGUGUCUGCAGGUUCGAGAAGUGGACGAAGAGCUGGAUCAGGUGUACUACACGCAUCCAAAAUCGAAAGAAUACCACAAAAUAGUGGUGAAUGGGCGGAAAAAGUUCAAUCAAGACCCGUGGAAGGCGCUGGAUUGGCUGGCCUCCCGGAAUAUCGUUGCCAAGGAGCCCCACGCGUUGGCCGUUUGGAUGAAAGCGGUCAGUUUUGUUUUAAAAGCUUUGAAAAGUAUCGAUUUUUGAUUAAUAGGCCUAAAAAUUUAAAAAUCUAAAGCCAAAAAAAUAAUGAUGAUAAAAUUUGCAGGGCGAAGGACUCUCAAAAAGUGCGAUAGGAGAGGUUUUAGGGGACAAUCGGCCGUUCGCACUGGAGACUCUUGAUCUGUUCACUCGAGAACACAGACUGCACGAUGUGCCUAUCGUGGCCGCGUUAAGGUACUGUAUUUCUUGAAAAUUUUUUAAAAAGUUCAAAUUCCUGCAGGCAAUACCUAUUUUCGUUCCGCCUUCCGGGAGAAUCGCAGAAAAUCGAUCGAAUACUAAUCAAAUUCGGCGAAAUUUACGCGGAGCAGAAUCCAGAGUACGGAUCGGCCGAUCAGGCACACACAGUCGCCUACUCGUGCAUCAUGGUCAACACUUUGCUGCACAAUCCGAAUGUGAAGGACAAACCGUCGUUGGCCAAGUAUAUCGAAAUGAAUGAGGUACGAAACGAGUUGAAAACAGUGAAAAACUUAUAGUCUUGCAGGAUCUGAUCGCGCGUGGCUCAAUAACGAUUGAACAACUGACAGAAGUGUACGAAUCGGUGUCCCUUUCUCAAUUCAAGAUACCCGAUGAGGUGGCUGCGAGCGGAAAAGGCAGUGUGAAUGACAUUCUGCUGCACGCCGAACGCGAGGGAUGGCUCUUCAAACAGAGCAGCAAUCCCGUCUUCUCCGGCCCGCUUUCCUGGAAGAAACGAUGGUAAGUACCCUUUUUUCUACUGGCCAAACGUUAGGAGAACGUUUUCUUUGUCAGGUUUGUGCUCUCCGAGAACUGUCUGUACUACUUCGACCAAAUGACCGAUAAGGAGCCGAAAGGAAUCAUAACUCUCGCGAAUGUGGGCAUUCGGAAGGUCGACGCGCCCACCAGGCAACACAUGUUCGAGGUACGACCACUUGUUUUAGUACUUUUUCGAAAAGAGUGUGCUUAACUUGAAGAUUCAAAUUUUCACGAAAAUUUCAACGUUCUACAUAAAAACCGUCCAAAAUUUGCAGAUCUACUCGCUAUCGGACGGCCAAAUAAAAGCGUGUAAGACAGAGCAAGACGGACGGCUCGUCGAAGGCCGCCACUCGAUUUACCGCAUUUGCGCGGUCAACGACGAAGACAUGCGAUCGUGGAUAAACGCGAUUUCGCGAGUGAUGGGCCCGCAGCAGCACACGCUAACACGGCCCAAAAGCACGCAUUGA